AUGGGUUCAAGAAGGAGAAGAAGCAAAGAGUUCGAUUGCGAGGUCCAAGCAUUUCAAUUUCGUUAGUGAUUCCUUGCGACAACGUACCAGCAAGGAAGAACCGGAGCAUAGAAAAAUCACCCGGCGAAAAGACAAUUUAACGCCGCCCAGGCUUAGUCACCGUGGCGUUUUGCGUUUUCGAAAUCUCAUCAAACAGCUCAUCACGGUUCAUCUCGACAGUGGAGGGUAGCGGGACGUCGGGAAGGAGAAAACCGUGAGCCGAACGUCAAGAGGAGGGAAAAAUCCAACUUCGAAUUCCUUAACUAUCCCCCCCCCCACCACCACACCACCGUCCGUCGCGUUUCAACGCACUGGGAAGUCUCGACGGCGACAUGCGGAUGAACUCGCAUGCGGACCCUCGCACGGUGAGCUCCACUGAGCGACAGUCCGCGGCACUCAGUCCGGGCGUCGUGGCACGGUUAUGCUCUGCGAAGCUCCGAAAGCUCCCCAGCACUGCCCGGAACAGAUCGCCGACGAGAACUAGAGAGAACUAGUGUUUCAUUUCGCGCGCGCGGUUCCAUCCGAGGUUUCUGGCUGACAACUGCGACUACGCGUACCCCGGACGGUGGUUGUUGGAUUUUAGCGCGCCAACACGAAAUUCAUCGGUAGCCAUAGUAUGUUGAAGUGAAAAUAGUGCAUCAGGGCUUGAAGUUUUUCGUGGACUUUUUAGUGAAGAAGAGUUCGGUGAAGUUAUUCUUGAUAGUGAAGAGUAAACAGUGUUUAGUGUCCGGAAAACUCCUUCUCCUGUGCUUAAUAUAGAUUUUCCAAUCAUCGUGUGUCCAGUGGGGCAAAACGUUUUCAAUACUACUCUGUAGCCCGGAUUUCCUACAGCUAGAAAUUGCGAUUGGGUGUGAAAAGCAAAGCAAAAAAAAACGCCAUUACACCAUUUGUCUAUCGCUCGAUCGUUUGCAGCAGCAGCAGCACGAAAAGAAACCCAAAACCCAACGGACGAUCUCAGACGGCGGUGGCAUCUGGAGAAAUCUAUGCGCCGAAAGGACCGAAUUUCGACAAUAAAGGCAUCCUACCGAAUGCUGCGCGCCAGUCAGCGUGUGAGUGCGAGCAAGAGCCACACGCGUGAGUGCCCACUGCGUUGCACAGGAGGCAAGCGAACCAUCGAGUGAUCCGCCGUACCAGGAGCCGCUCGUUCGACCAAUCGGAAGGACCACCAGGUACCAGCCAUCGGUGGUGGUCAGCCUCACCGUGUUGUGUGGUGUGGUGUUUUUGUUGUUGUGCUGUGUGAGUGUGAGGCGUCCUUUGGCGGGGCAGCCAAAGUGUGACCAGAGUGGCAACACGAUGCGGACGGCCGCAAAUCGACAACAAAUUCCGAAACUACGAUUCACAAAAACGGUGACUGUGGUGCGAUAAGUGCGAGCGUUAGGCUCCCUCACAAUACGGCCAACUGUUAGGGAAUGUGAUGUGUGGCCCAUGUGCCAUCGGGAAUCGCAUCGAAGCACAGGUUGUUGUGAGAGAAAUUUCGGUUGACAGUAGUGCGUGAGUAGGCGUAAGGCAGCCAGAGAAAGUAAAGGGUGAAUGUGGAUCGUUGCGUGUGAAGUAUCCCUGGAUAGUGCGAUCGUUUGGUCGAUCGAUCCGAGUGAUCCGUGGUAGUGAGUUUGAGUGCUGUGGUUGGCUACUUCGUCACCGUCAAAGUGUCCGCGAGUGUCCCUCACUGCUGUGGUUGAGAUGCGAUUGCAAAGUGACCGGUUGAUCGACACUGGCACGCAAUGGAUUAAGCAAGCGACCGCACUGAUACUGAACUGCAUACCGUGGUGCACCGUGCAUACCGGGGUGCAUCCUUACGCAAACGCUAGCAGCGAGGUGAAGCAAUGGGCAACUGGGACGUUCGUGGUGUGCGAAGGCUUAUACUGUGGUUGUUUCUAAUUGCACUGAAAAGAGUUCAAAGUUUGCCGGAUGUCCGGGCAACGUGCCGUACGGUGCCGGGAUUGACGCGGGACCAGCUGGAACUAUGCUACCGGGCCAGUGACGUUACGGCGGCCGCCAUCGAGGGACUGGAGCUAGGCGUACGCGAGUGCCAGUACCAGUUCCAAUGGCAUCGAUGGAACUGCUCGUCGCUCAGCACCAAGAGCCGCAAUCCACACACGUCCAACAUGCUGAAACGAGGCUACAGAGAGAGUGCUUUUGCGUAUGCGGUCGCAGCAGCCGGCGUCACGCACAGUGUGGCCCGCGCCUGUGCCCAGGGUCGGCUCAUCUCGUGCGGUUGCGACCCGUCCGUCAACCGGAAAGGCAUGUCCAAAUCGUUGCGCGAAAGCUUAGAAAAGGAGAAGCUACGCUUCCUGGACGCUAUCGCGGAAAGCAAUAGCGUGUUCGAGGAGGGCGACAGUUUACGGAAGCUGAAAGCGAAGCAGGCCAGUCGCUGGAAAUGGGGUGGCUGUUCGCACAACAUGGCGUUCGGGGUGGAGUUUUCCGAGCUGUUUCUUGACUCGCGCGAAAAGGGCUCCGACAUACAGUCACAGAUCAACCUGCACAACAACCGGGCCGGUCGAAGGGCUGUCUCGAACAAUAUGCAGGUACGGUGCAAAUGUCACGGAAUGUCCGGUAGCUGUCAGUUGAAGACGUGCUGGAAAUCGGCCCCAGACUUUCGGGUCGUUGGACGUGUCCUGAAGCAGCAGUACCGCCGAGCGAUCCUCGUCGAUCAGUCCAACCUGGGCAAUGGGCCACCGAUGAUCGUCUACCGCAAGCCAAAGAAACGCAAGCACGUGUCCAAUUUAAGGCCACCGAGAAGACAGCCCCGUGACCAGCAGAUGGUCCCCCUCGGUACACGGCUCGGUGGUGCUCCGAACCGGAAGCUGGAGAAUGCGCUCUUCUACUACCAAAGAUCACCGAACUUUUGCGAGCGCGAUCAGAUCUCCGACAUACCGGGUACUAUCGGGCGACGCUGUAAUCGGACGAGCAGUGGCAGCGAGGGUUGCGCUUCGAUGUGUUGCGGCCGAGGCUAUAAUCUGAUCCGCGAAAAGCGCAUCGAUCGGUGCAACUGCAAGUUUCACUGGUGCUGCUUCGUGGAAUGUGACGAUUGUGAAAUCGAGGAGUGGAUCAGCGUGUGCAACUGAGGCACGAUCGUGUGUAUGCCAUGCACGUUCGCAAAGGCGGCCAAUUGUGUCCGCUGAAAGGAAGAGUCCCCGUAAGCUGGGACGACGGGAAGCACACGGUGGCAAACUAAUUAAAACCCUUGCCAAGCUUCUCGGACCGGCCAGCGUGGACAGUCGCACAGUUUUGGGUAGACAGGUGGGCCGAGCGAAGCAACUAAGCAGUAUUACGGAACGUGGCGUGGCGUUCCCCAACGAUAGCUAAUCCAGUUCGGCUGGAUGCUUCUGUACAAUGGUGUACAAUUUUUGUUUUACGUUUUCAUUUUGUUUUAACGCUUGUGUGAGUGAGCAAAGUCGUUCGGUGUAAGACUACUGGCCUUCGCCGUAAUCCAAGUCUGUGCGCCCUUCAAGGCCCAUACUGCUCCGCCUCUCCCGUGACAGUGAUUUCAUUCUAGCUCCCCUAAGGACGGUGUUAUUUAUUCGAAUUGUGUUUUGCGUUUAAAUUAAUUCUAACCCAGUAAGAGCUAUUACAUUUGUGUAGUAGUGUCAUUAUGUGCCGCACGCGAGAACAGUUGUUUUAGUUUUGUAUGCCCGUAACAACAUUACACUGUACAUGACGGACAUGAAAUCUGCCCAGCAAGCUGCGUGCGUGUGUGGCGGGCUUUCCUCAUCAAUUGCCGGGUGUGCCAUCGGGAGCCGCACGGCUCGAUAGAGGAGGGCUCGUUCGAACGACCGAACCGGAGAAGAUGUGUAUGAGGCAAGCUGGAUGGUUAACGCGCAAAAAUGUAGACUAAAAGCACGUAGACGUAGAGAACCGCGCAUUAGCGCAAGCGCAAGUAAAUGUAGCGAAUUGAUUCGUGAUAAUAAAUUAUGUCAGUCAAUAAAAGUAA